AUGUACAUACUCCGUCCACCAGGAACAAGCUACGCGGAUCAAUAUCCCGAAUCCUGGUCUUGCAUACGCGACUGCUUUGCGCCUGAGCGAUUAACCCCCAAGCUGGACGUUGCCUUGGAUUUGGGCUGUGCGCGGACAGGACAAGCAUUACCCAUAGAGACACGGACACCGUAUCAGUGCCAGAUUAUCAUCCAAUCUGAUCCACCGAACAGGUCUUUUUAUCUUGUUCAAAGACCGGUGAGAGAUGAGCCCAUAGCGAGUCCAGAUUCCUCUUGUGCUGUGUUGCGCUUCCAAAGUACUCAGUACUUGCUCACAAACCAGCCCCCAGAGAUCUUCGACGCCCGGAGAUCUCAAUUGGAAGGAAAAUCUUCAUGGUUGCUAUUUGAAACCAUCGAUCCUGGGGUCGUGAUGGGGUUCGAUAGUCCGUCUGGUAUGGGCGCUGCAUCGACUGCGCCACAACCAAGGAUGAAGCACAAGAUCGCCUUCCAAGCGUGGAAGAUGAGGGAAGAGUCCACAGAAGACCUUCGAGAAGCCGGAGAAGGGAUGCUAUAA